AUACACAUGGUAUAAACCCCAUUUUUUUACUUCUUUUUAAGUGUAUUAUUUGUACUUCACAUCUUCAUUAUUCAGCAGUUCCGCAUAACCUUAACUUUGACAGGUGUGCAAAAGAGGGAAUUCCUGUUUCCACGGAGACGUGUUGGCCGCAGCCAUUUUGCAGAUGCCGGAAUCAGAGAUAUUACUAACAGCUGUACUAAGGAUGUGAGUAAAACGGCACGAGGAAGGGUGAAACAAACCGUGAAUAGCGACCUUUAUUACCUUUUAUUGGUUCAACUACAGCAGGUAGUUAAAGAGUUCUGGCUGGCGGUGAGGAAAAACAGUGGUAAAGGAGCUGUCCUCGGUACUACGGCUCGUUUACACUUCAUUUGACAGCAAUAAAACAGUCCGAUUCCUUAGAUGGUACAUACGAAACUAUACUUGCAGUUACGUUUACAGCCAUUUGUCUUCUCCUUUUUACCUGAAGUGUGGAGUGAUUUUCUGAACCCAUCCACUUGGUGACUUUUUUUCCGGUGUAGACAAAGCCUAAUUUGACUCGCGCUGCUAAAUCUUGUCUAAACGGUUUUUACAGGAGCGACUCGGGGCGAGCAUAGGAAAGAUUUAAUCGCUGACUAAGGGUAUUGGGAGUACUUCCUUUCAAAAGAAAUUUAACUCACUCUUACUACAAAAAAUGGUUGCUGCUCACACUUCUCAUUCUUCCGCGUCUGCAGAAUGGGUUGCUUGUAUGGAUAAAAGACCUACAGAACGCUCUAGUGAAGAUAUGGAUAUAAUAUUUGCUCGUCUUAAAGAAGUAAAGGCAUUUGAAAAAUUUCAUCCUAACCUCCUGCAGCAGAUAUGUUUCUGUGGAUAUUAUGAAAAUUUAGAGAAAGGCAUUACAUUGUUUCGUCAAGGAGACAUUGGAACAAAUUGGUAUGCCAUCUUAACAGGUUCUCUGGACGUCAAAGUGUCUGAGACAGGAUGCCAUCAGGAUGCUGUUGUAAUAUGUACUCUGGGGAUUGGAACAGCUUUUGGAGAGUCAAUCUUAGACAACAUUCCACGCCAUGCCACUAUUGUUACAAGGGAGUUUACUGAGCUUCUUCGUAUUGAACAGAAAGACUUUAAAAGCCUGUGGGAGAAAUUUCGACAGUAUAUGUCAGGACUCUUGGCUCCUCCUUAUGGUGUUAUGGAAACGCUUUCCAACAAUGACAGGAUGCCUGACAAGGAGAAUAUGGGAAGUAAUUCCCUCUCAAAUAAGGUAAGAUAA